AGGUAUCAAGCUGCAAGGCUCGAAAACUUGCUCGAAGCGAUGCUGCGUCGCUGUAUGCCAUUAUUACCGAUUUGAUUUGAAUCAAUUUUGUCUACUACUUGUUAGCUAGUUUCAGCAUGUUGCGCUUGCUGCUGAGGCUGGGUUUGAGGUCAACUCUGCGGAGCUGUGCUGCUUCCUGUUCCACUCAUGGCAGCAACACCAUAACCAGAGCAUACUCCACAAGAAGUCUGAGACACCUCCAAGAGAGGGGACUGCUGUCUGAAAUAUUUCCAGAUGACGGCCGACUGCAGGACGUGCUGAACUCGUCAGAGCAGUGCUUCUACAGCGGCUUCGACCCCACGGCCGACUCCCUCCACGUGGGAAACCUGCUCGUUCUGGUGGCCCUGCUGCACUGCCAGAGGGCAGGACAUGAUGUCAUUGCUGUGAUAGGUGGCGCCACGGGUCAGAUCGGCGACCCCAGCGGCCGCCGGACUGAGCGCUCCGCGAUGGAGGCCGAGACCGUGGAAAAGAACGCGUCGGCCAUCGAGGAGAACUUGCGCCGCGUGUUCUCCAACCACGAGCGGUACUUUUGGCGAGAGCGUGGCGAAACGGACCCACUGCCGCCUCUGAGGGUAUUAAACAACAUGGAGUGGUACUCGCAGUAUUCGCUGGUGGAUUUUCUCGCCAUCAUCGGACGCAGGUUUCGGAUGUCUAACAUGUUGUCUCGGGCGUCGGUCCAGUCGCGCCUUCAGAGCCCUGACGGCAUGAGCUUCACCGAGUUCACCUACCAGGUGUUCCAGGCGUACGACUGGCUCUACCUGUGGCGGCGACACGGCUGCGCCUUCCAGGUGGGCGGCGCCGACCAGCGGGGUAACAUGGUCUCCGGCUACGAGCUGAUUACCGGCACCACAGACGAGGAGGUCGACGUGUUUGGUCUGUCGGUGCCCCUCAUCACGUCAGAGGAGGGCGCCAAGCUGGGAAAGUCGGCCGGUAACACGGUCUGGCUGGACCCGCAGCGCACCUCGCCGUUCGACCUGUACCAGUACUUUGUGCGCCGGCCGGACGGCGAGGUGGAGCGGCUGCUGCUGCUGUUUACGUUCUACCCGCCCGCCCAGGUGGCGGCCAUCAUGGAAAAACACCACGAGAAGCCUGAGUCUCGUCACGCGCAGAAAAAGCUGGCUGAGAGUGUCACCACUUUAGUACACGGGGAGGAGGGGCUGCGCUCGGCCAAGCGCGUCACCAACGCCAUCUAUUCACGGGAUCCGGAAGCUCUAGUGUCGCUGGCGGACGCUGAGCUGCGCUCCAUGUUUCGCCACUCGCCGGUCACCGAUCUAUCUCUGCGGUCGGGAAUGACCACACUGGACCUGGCGAUGGCUGCAAAGUGCUUUAGGACGGAAGCGGACGCGGCGCGAAUUAUAAGUGCGGGCGGCUUCCACAUCAACCAGCGCCGAGUCACGUCCACCGAGGAGGUGGUGACGGCCGAUAGUCACGUGCUGCCCAGCGGCCUAACGCUGCUGAGAGUCGGAAAGAAGAACUACUAUAUCGUCAAAUGGGUGUAAAGAACUGAGGACAAUACUAAGAAGAGUCACCGCUCGUGUAUCGGAUAACGCCACGGUGUUUCGCAUUAUCGUAAUACGGAGGGCAGUUUGUUGAUCUCGAUAUGAAGCCGCUGUCCUCAGAAAGGCCAUGAAAUGCUCCGAGGAAUGUGUACUUACUGUUUUUAUCAACAGUUACAGCAUGUUUUGUACGUGUGUGUGUCUGUGAUUGUGCGGACUUGCUGAAAUGCAAUCGGUGACUUCUA